AUGGUGAUUACCACUAGAAGUGGUAAGAUAUUAUCUGGCCCUUUUGUGGGCAAAAAUAUAGUUGAUGAGGUAGUUGAUGAUGAACCAGAAGAAGGUGGUCCAGUGGGGGCUAAGAAGCUGGACAAUCCUCCUAAUGCUUUAGAAAAGGAAAAAUAUAAGGAAAAUGAGGUAGUGGUUACCACUACUCAAAAACCAUCACCUUCUUUUCCUCAACGAUUAAAGAAAAAAACUGAUGAGACAAAAUUCAGCAAGUUCAUGUCAAUGCUCAAGCAAUUGACAAUGAAUGUUCCAUUUGUUGAGGCACUAGAGAAAAUGCUAGGAUAUUCUAAGUUUAUGAAGGAUCUAUUGAAAAAUAAAAGGGCAGUAAGAUAUGAGCUGGUGGAAAAUCUCCACCACUGCAAUGUCGUUUCUACACGAUCCUUAGUACAGAAGAAGGCCAACCUUGGAGCAUUCACUAUUCCAUGUACAAUCGGGUCUUUCUAUAUUGCUAAGGCCCUAUGUGAUCUGAUGGCGAGCAUAAAUCUGAUGCCACUAGUCAUGUAUGGAAUGCUGGGUUUGAGAGAUCUGACCCCGAUAAAUAUGCGGCUGGUGAUGGCGGAUAGGUCCGUAAAUUGGCCAAUAGGAAUACUACAUGAUGUAUUGGUAAAUGUGGCCGACUUUACACUUCCUCCCGAUUUUGUAGUCCUUAACUGUGAUGUGGACUUUGAAGUACCCAUUAUUUUGGGUAGACCAUUCCUCGCGACUAGGAGAGUGAUAGUAGACAUAGAGCUGAAUGAGCUGAAUUGCCUGCUCAAUGACAAAGAAGCAAGAUUCGCAAUACACUCACCCAUGACAUAG